AUGCAUCAAACGCCACUUCGGCAUGCUCAGGCCUUGCAGAAGCUUCUCCGUACGAAGACCCUCAAGGACUUCCGUGCUGCCCACAACGCCUUGGAGGAUGCGGGGGCCAAGGUCGUGGCAGAAUGCCUCGACUCUGAACUCUGUGCGAUCGAACGACUGAGCCUCGUGGCCAACGGGAUCGGCACGAAAGGAUUCGAGGCUCUGGCCUCCAGCCAGCGAAAUGCGGCCGCUCAGCUCCACAUCGCCGGAAACCUUACGAACCUAGACUGGGAUGAUCGGGUGGAGGCUGCCGCGAGGCUGAGUCAAUGCUUCAGGCUGAUGGACGUGGUGGUGGUGGUGGCAUACAGGGACAAGUCGACUGCUGUUGACAAAGCCCAGGAGGUGCGGCAGGCUCUCCGAGAUGGCCACGUCGAGAUCUUUUGGAAGAAACGAGAGGGUCGCAAGGAGCUGGCUGCGGCCUUGCAGGGCCAGUCUCGGCUCCAGGUGUUACAGAUCGAGGAGGGCAAGGAUGUCGAGGCGGUCGUGUUGGAGGCCCUCGAGGGCCAUGUCGCGCUGAAGAGCCUCGUACUCGUCGGGGGAAUCAACGGCUCGCUGUCGGAGGCCCUGGGCAUCGCCCUGGAUGGAAGGUCUGGUCUUGAGGAGCUGGUCUUAAAAAACGGCUUCAUCAAUCCAGAAAGAAUGCAGGCCCUGGCGCCCGCUCUCAAGGGCCUCGCCGCCCUGAAGGUCCUUGAUCUAGCCAGCAACAAGAUCGGGCCCGACGGGGCGAAGGCCCUGGCGGAGUCCCUCACGGGCAUGUCCUUGCUCGAGCGGUUGCACCUACAGCGCAACAAGAUCGGUUCAGAAGGUGCUGAGGCCCUCGUGCCCGCUCUCAAGGGCCUCGCCGCGCUGAAGUUCCUUGGUCUAGGCGACAACGGUCUCGGGGACGACGGGGCGAAGGCCCUGGCGCCCGCUCUCAAGGGCCUCGCCGCGCUGAAGGACCUUUAUCUAAGCAGCAACGAUCUUCGGGACGACGGGGUGAAGGCUCUGGCGGAGUCCCUCACGGGCAUGUCCUUGCUCGAGCAGUUGGUCCUAUACGGCAACAAGAUCGGUUCAGAGGGUGCUCAGGUGUCCAAGGCCCUUCGCUCGGGAAAGCAACUUCGCCGCCAGGCCCUCGCGCCCGCUCUCAAGGGCCUCGCCGCGCUGAAGGUCUUUGAUCUAGACGAAAACGAUCUCGGAGACGACGGGGUGAAGGCGCGUCGUGGGAGAACCACGAGCAUGUCCAUGCGAUUCUUGGUGGUCGAGGUCUUGAGCUUUUCUUUUUCGUUCAUAAGAGAAGGUCUAGAUGCGGAUGAUGAGGAAGGUGGUACACUCCAACAAUGCCACGAUACCAUAAUUCCCAUAGUUUAG